AGUGGGAAAAACCCUUGAGAUAAAGGCGGUAUCCGCAGCACAAUUAGCCGACUGCGUCUCUCUUCCCCCUCCUCACCGUCUCUGGUGUCAGUUUACUGGAGGAUUUGUCGGAGUUUCCCGAGCGUCUCUGCAUCUGUGAGGAUGCUGUUGUGGUUGGUUUUGUUCCUGCCUGCCCUCUCCGUGGCUCAGAGGUCAGAGCCCAUGUUCUCAGCUAUAACCAAGACUGUCCUUCCUCCCGACUACGACAACAACCCCACCCAGCUCAACUAUGGCGUCGCUGUCACCGAUGUGGAUGGGGAUGGAGAGCUGGAGAUCUUUGUAGCUGGCUACAACGGCCCAAACCUGGUGCUAAAGUACGACAAACAGAGGAAAAGGCUUGUCAACAUUGCUGUUGACAACCGCAGCUCCCCAUUCUACGCCCUGAGAGACCGUCAAGGCAACGCCAUCGGAGUGACAGCUUGUGACAUCGAUGGAGAUGGACGGGAGGAGAUUUAUGUCCUCAACACCAAUAACGCCUUCUCUGGUCGGGCAACAUAUUCUGACAAGCUGUUUAAGUUCCGUAAUGGGCGCUUUGAAGAUCUGCUGAGCGAUGAUAUUAACGAACACAGAGAUGUAGCCAGCCCUAUGGCUGGGCGCUCAGUGGCCUGUGUUGACAGAAAGGGUACAGGUCGUUAUGCUAUCUACAUAGCAAACUAUGCCAGUGGCAACGUGGGCCCUCAUGCUCUCAUAGAAAUGGAUGAAGCGGCGAGUGACCUUUCACAGGGCGUCGUUGCCCUCUCCAACGUGGCAGAGCAGGCUGGAGUCAACAAGUUCAUUGGAGGAAGAGGUGUCGUGGUGGGGCCCAUUGUCAGUCAAACUCUGUCUGACGUGUUUUGCGACAAUGAGUACGGACCAAACUUCCUGUUCAGGAACAAUGGUGAUGGAACUUUCACGGAUGUGGCACAGCAGGCUGGUGUGGAGGACCCCAUGCAGCAUGGCAGAGGGGUGGCACUGGCAGACUUCAACCGUGACGGCAAGACUGAUAUCGUGUACGGGAACUGGAACGGACCUCAUCGGCUGUACAUGCAGCUCAAUAACCGCAAGCAGAAGUUUAAGGACAUAGCAUCCCAGAAGUUUUCCAUGCCAUCCCCAGUUCGAACUGUUAUUGCUGCAGACUUUGACAAUGACAACGAGUUGGAGGUCUUCUUCAAUAACAUUGCUUACAGGGGCCCCUCUGCCAACAGACUCUUCAGGGUGAGCAGGAGAGAACAUGGAGACCCCCAGAUAGAAGAGUUGAAUAUUGGGGAGGCAGCAGAGCCUGAAGGACGAGGAACCGGAGCAGUAGCCACAGACUUUGAUGGGGAUGGGCGCCUGGAGCUGCUGGUAUCUCAUGGUGAAAGUGCAGCACAGCCACUUUCUAUCUACAAAGUCAACCAGGGCACUAUUAACUCAUGGCUGCGAGUGAUUCCCCGGACCAAGUUUGGUGCUUUUGCCAGAGGAGCUAAAGUGGUGGUGUAUACAAAAAAGAGUGGCCCACACACAAGAAUAAUUGAUGGUGGCUCAGGGUACCUCUGUGAGAUGGAGCCUGUCGCCCACUUUGGCCUUGGAAAGGAUGUGGCCACUGGUGUUGAGGUGUACUGGCCAGAUGGCCAAUCAGUAGCCCGGCCCCUGGAGCCUUCAGAAAUCAACUCAGUGCUGGAGAUCCACUAUCCAAGAGAUGAGGAGGAAGUCACCCCUACUGUGGAAAUAGAGUGUGGUCAUGGGUUUGCUUUAAAUGAGAAUGGUCGCUGCACAGAUAAAGAUGAGUGUACCCAGUUCCCCUCUGUGUGUCCCUCUGACCGCCCUGUCUGCACCAACACCUAUGGCAGCUAUAAGUGCCGCGCCAAGAGAAGAUGUAACCAGGGCUUUGAGCCCAACGAUGAUGGGUCAGCCUGUGUGGCCCAGGUGGCUUACUUUGGGGGAACACGGUCUUCUGGGGAACGCAAACACGCAGGCCUUACUUUCCGGCUGCUCCCCGUCUCUCUGCUACCCCUCAUCUCUACCCAUCUCUAUUCUGAACUGCUGUAG